UAACACUACACACCCUCUACAUUUAUCGCCUAUAAUGCUGUAUAGAGGCACGGAGGAGUGUGUAUAUAGGAUAUAACAUAAUCAAUUGGUACGAUAUGUUUUCCGGGAUGUGGCAACAAGGCUCCAGCUGAUGUGGCCUUUAAACGAGUCAGUCACACAGUCACCCACAGCUGCCCUGCAAGUACGUCCAUUGCCCCAGCGCCCUAAAAAUAACCCUCAUAGCCGGGAAAAAAGGGGCGUGAUCACGUGCCAAGGUAUAGAGGAGAGUCGGGUGGUGUCACUGGUGCUGUUGGUGACUUCUGCUUAGUAUUGCACCAAGAGGAUUCCAAUGGUGACAAGGGACGUUACCUACGAGACACGGCUUCGAAGGGACGGUCUUGUGGCGGUUCACCAAACUUACAGGUGGCUUCACUGCACCCAAGAUCUUCACGACCACCUCACUCUGCAGGGCGGUUCGAAUAGCGUCUUUUGCCUCUCUAAACCUUACAAUUGACUUCACUUUACCGGACAGAACCGUAGCUCUGUCUAACGUCGCUACUUUCCCGGGAAUCAUAGCUUAGAACCGUUGCCUAGUUUGUUUUGUAGUGUGGAGUGUUUCUAGCUAUAUUCCAACUUGUUUGCGCGACUGCGAGGCUGAAAUCUUGCCGUCUGCCGAUUACUGAGUGAGGAAACAUGGCUCUUCGUAAGCUAGCCACAGAUGCCCUGGCCCGCGGGGUGUUGGCCUCAGAAUCUCUUGUAGGGAAGGAGUUAUCAAGCAUUCCUAAAGCCUGGGCCAGCACUUCAGCAGCUGUGAAGGUAAAAAACAACAGGAAGACUGAAGACCUCAAGGAUUUGCCCAAGCGGACUGUCUUUAUCUCCCAGUCUAGUGAUAUCUUCUCCAAUCUUGCUCUGGAGGACUGGCUGUACAAGAACUGGUCCUUUGAGAGGCGUAAUGUUCUGCUGCUGUGGCGUAACUCCCCCUGCGUGGUCAUAGGAAGGCAUCAGAACCCACAAGUAGAGGCCAAUCUGUCUUAUUUGGAGAGUGCUGGAGUGCCCCUAGCCAGGCGGGGCAGCGGUGGCGGGGCGGUGUACCACGACCACGGUAACCUGAACUGCACCUUCUUCACUACUCGAGAUAGGUAUGACCGACAUACUAACUUGGAGAUGAUUUGUCGAGCUCUACAUCUCGACUUUGGCAUCCAGGCUCACCCAAACUCCAGAGAUGAUAUUAUUAUGGACCACGAUCAUAAGGUGUCUGGGUCUGCUGCCAAGCUGGGCCGCUCCACCGCUUACCACCACUGCACGCUGCUGGUCAACACAGACAGACACCAGCUCAAACUGACCCUCAAUGGGGAUAAGAGCAUCAAGAGCAAAGCCACAGCCAGCACACCCGCCCAUGUUAUGAACCUGAGUGAGAUGAAGCCAGGCAUCACUGUGGAGCAAGUGCUGACUAGUGUAGGGAGGGCUUUCCUUGGCCACGAUCAGGCUCUUGCUAAUGGCUUCACUCUCGUCAAUCCUACAGAUGAGUGGUUCCCUGGUCUUGGAGAGCUGGAAGCAGUACUUAGAUCAGCACGGUGGCUGGAGGGACAGACUCCACGCUGCACCAUCACCCGCAGUGUGCCAAUCCCCCAGGGCCUGCUGCCACAUGCCUCCAACACCUCCCUGGCCGUCACUGUGCAGGCCUACCAUGGACUCGUGGAGGAGGUGAGGAUGGAGGAUGACACUGAGAAGGAGGGAGUUGCUGAGUUGGUGCAGGAUAUCGGCGCUGGUCUGAGAGGAGCGCCCUUCUCCUCAGACACUUUCAACAUCAUUGCCGGCCGACUGCGAUUCUCCCCCGCCCUCACCCACUUCCCCCUCCCUGCCUCUGCCCGCCCCAUCCCCACACCCACGCGCUCUGUCAUCUGAAACGCUGUGGUUGAAUCUCCUUAGUUUUGGUGGAGGGGCUUGGAGUGGUGUUGGGAUGUCCAGAGUGGAGUAAUGUGGGAUGUGGGUUUCCAUCUUAUACUUUAGCCACUUAUGGAGUUAUAAAAUGCUUAUGUGCUUGUGGGCAGAAUGCUACUAUUUGGUGUUAACCCCUUCAGUACUGGGACACAGCUUUUACCUUGAGAUUUGUGUAUGAUUAGGCCAUUCUGUUGACAUUAAGAAGGGUCUAUGGAGGUCAGAAGAUUAAUGGCCAGUCUUCACUAUUUCAAUCCCUUCAGUACUGGGACACAGCUUUUUCUUUGAGACUUGUGUAUGAUUAAGCCAUUCUGUUGACAUUAAGAAGGGUCUAUGGAGAUCAGAAGAUUAAUGGUCACCGUCUUCACUAUUUUAAUCCCUUCAAUACUGGGAGACAUUUUAACCUUAAGAUUUGUGUAUGAUUAGACCAUUUUAUUGACAUUAAGAAGGGUCUAUGGAGGUCAGAAGGUUAAUGGUCACAGUCUUUACUAUUUUAAUCCCCCAUAUGAAUUUCUGAAGCUAUAUAAAAUCACCAAAUAGGAAAUGGAAUAGAUAUGGGAUCACAUCAUGGUACUCAAGGGGUUAAAAGGAUUUGAUUAAUAAUGAUUCACAGUGAAAGGGUCUGACAGAUUUAAGGAAUCAAAGCUAAUGUGAAGGGCUGGGUAAUUUUUUAAUUUUUUUUAUUUAUUUAUUUAUUUUUUUAAAGGUUUGUGGUAUUGAUAUUUUUUCAGUAAGGUGUUAUCAGAAAGGCUCUUCACCACACCUCCCUUCAUUCACCAGGAGAGCCAGACAACAGGCAGACUCCCUCAUUAUCAUGGGCUUCAUUUCUCAUCCGUCAUUCCAUCGUCGAGGUUCUACACUUUUAUCUUAACCCUUUUCCUAACUUAGACAUUUUUCCUUUUCCUAACAGACAAUUUUUCUUUUCAAAAUAGACAUGACUUUUUCCUUUUCCUAAUGUUUCCUUUUCUCAACAGAUAACUUUCCUUUUCCUAAUGUUGAUUUAUUUUCCCCUUAAUAUAGACGUUUCCUUCUCUUAAUGUUGAGACUUGUUUUGUAUCUGAAUUUAACACCCAUUUUUAAUACAUACACUAUCUCAUUUUAACAUCCAUUUUUAUUUAAUACAUACACAAUGACUAACUUUUAUACACUUUAGACUCAAGAUAUACUAACCAAUCUUACUGUCCAAGAAUCUUUAUAAGAAGCACUACUUACAUUUUAACUUAUUGCAACAGCCUCUAGUGUGUUAAGCUGUGUAGACUCAACAUUCAUACUAGUCCUUGUUCCCCCAUUCUCAUAUCUCAUUACCCUUGCAUCCUUACUCUAGUACUCUUACUCAUCCUCUCUUCUCAUUCUCUUAGCACUGUUACUAGAGUGCUCUCACCAAGACUAGUAAUUGGUCCCUGCUGCUUCCCUUGCUGAGCCUCCAGGAUGUCAAACAAUGCAUUGGUUUUUAUCAACGUGAUCUACCGGUCUUCACGUAAUAGUGUGGCACUUUCUAGGAUACUAUGGUGUCUAUUUCCUUACCUACAGAUAUGGUCAUUAUUAGUCUACAUAUCUGUACUUCCUGGCACUGUUCUAAUCUUUUACUGCAGCAGUAGAUGGGAAUUUCAUAUCGACACCAACUGUUUCUAUCCUUUCUGCUUGACUCCUGCCUUCAUUCAGUGGGUGCAUCUGCAUAUCAUAAACAUUAACUUGCCAUUUUGCUUGUUCCCACACACACACUACUAGUGAGCCUUAUACUGUAACAGUGGCACUGGUAUCCCUCACUGGUGACAGCCUGGAAUAGUCUGGUGGUGGCACUGCUAUCAUGUCGUUAUGUUGUGACAUGUACAGCCACUGACUGACUGACUGUGAUCCACACCAAGUCCCACCACAGCCCUCAGCGGCGACACUUGUGGCCCGUCAGACAUGAUGGGGUGCGGGGAAGUGGUGUGGAUCUGCCAGUGGCUAUAGAGUUAACUAUUUUUGUUUUCACUGUUGAAAAUUGAGUGUUAGCAAUGUUCAGUGAGGAACAUUGGCUUUUGUGGUGCACCAAGUUUCACAGCAACUUUGAAACUGUUCAGCAUUAUUAUCAGCACAAUGGUGCCUCACUGUCUUGGUGCCACUUUGUGAUGCACAACUAGCCUUAAGUGUUGUGUGACAGAAACUUGGUACAUCACACUGCACUUCUUAUUUAAAAAAAGAAGGGGGAAAAAAAUAAAGUUGAGCUUUCUGCGUAUGGUUGGUUAUAUUGACAUGUAUUUUACUAAGAUAACAAAUAAAAAAAUAUAUUAUUAAA